GGAAGAAGGCGGGCUUUAAAGGCGGACUGUAUUCUGAGGCCCCAACAGGAAAAGAUCAGUGAUCAGAUCGUGAAGUGACGCCAUGAUGGAAACAUCUCUGCAGUAUCUGCUCUUUUCCUGUUUGCUGCUUUGCUGCAUAAUAAAUGAAGGUUGGUUCAUUUAUAUUAAAAUUAAACUAAAUCAAUAUUCUGAUUAGUUUAAUAUACAUAAUUUUUAUAGAUACUACAAAUCAAUGUUUUUUCACAUUCCAGUCCUUCCAGUUGCUCUGACUGUGAGUCCCAGCAGAUCUCAGUUCUUUCAAUACGAGUCUGUGUCUCUGAGCUGUGAGGAGAACAGCAGCUCUGCUAACUGGACUGUAUGGAGGAACACAACCACAGGAACCAGGACUCAGUGUGGAGAUGGAUGGGGGGAACUAGCUGGUUCUACCUGUAACAUCAGCUACCUCCACCCAUCAGACAGUGGAGUUUACUGGUGUGGGUUGUCCAGAGAGGGAGCAGCCAGCAGCAGCAUCCAGCUCACUGUCACUGGUGGAUCAGUGAUCCUGCAGAGUCCUGUCCUCCCUGUGAUGGAGGGAGAUGACGUCACUCUGAGCUGUCGGAAUAAGACUCCCUCCAACCUCCCAGCUACUUUCUAUAAAGAUGGCUCCCUCAUCAGGACUGAGCCCAAAGGUCACAUGACCCUCCACCAUGUGAACCGCUCUGAUGAAGGCCUCUACAGGUGUUACAUCAGCGGUCAUGGAGAGUCUCCAUCCAGCUGGAUCUCUGUUGAAGAUAAAUCAUCAACCAAUGUCCCCACCAGAAAUACUCCUCCUCCUCUUCCUCCACCUUCCCAGUCUCUUUUCUAUCUGCUCCUUUCUCUUUCAUCCAUCAUUGUUGUGGUUCUGCUGCUGGUUCUGGUUCUGAUGGUGAGACGAUGUGUUAAAAAAGAGUCUGAGGGUCAUCCACAAGUUGAAGAGGACAACAUUACUUACAGUAAUGUCAAGAUUUCGCAUCAUCAACGACAGAAAAACAUUAAAAAAGAAAGUGACGAGACUUCAGUUUACUCUACAGUGAGACCUGAUGAUUUAACAUACGGAGAAAUCACCAUAAAAAACAAGAAAAAGAAGUCAAAGUGCCCAGGUAAAACUCUUCCUUUACAGCUCUUCUGA